CGUUAAUCUCUAGGGAAAUGGGCACGUUUGGAAUAAGCGGUACCAGUCAGCUAGCGCACUCUAAUAUUCCAGUGGCUGUAGAAAAAGUGUUUCCAGAGAGAGAGAGAGAAGAGAGAGGGAGGGAGAGAGAGGGAAUAUGAGGGCAGUACUCAGGAUGAGCCUGCGCUUUGAGGCUGUAAAACACUAGACCCUGAGGGCAUUCUCUGUCUGAGCUGUGCCUCUUCAGGAAAACUGACUGCGCAAGAGAAAGGAAGAGUGAGCUGGUAUCCUCUGUAGUUGUAGGUUCAUAUUGAUGCAUUUGGCGUCCAGCUGAGAUGCCGCGACGCUGACGGUCCUGCCCCGUCUGUCGAACCGGACCAAUGAUGAUAAUGAAGGCGAUGAUGUCCACACGGCGCGUGUAGCGCUAAAUUCCACACUGCCGGACUCCUACCAGACACUCCUCUCUGACCCACGCUCGUUCACACCUCAGAUGGACUACCUUUACUCUGCACUCACCAGUAAAAUGAAUUGGAUCGCACUCCUGCUGGCCGGCUUGACUUUUUGUUGCAAAGUGUCCGUGCACAGCUGUUUAGAUUACGAUGACAGUUAUGAUUAUUACGAGGAGGAGAAAACAGAGACAAUAGACUACAAGGAUCCCUGCAAAGCAGCUGUAUUUUGGGGAGACAUUGCCUUGGAUGAUGAGGACUUGAAAAUGUUUCACAUCGAUGGGACGAUAGACCUUAAGCAACAAACACAUGGGAGGCAAGGACACACAUCUGGAGGUCUAGGAGAACAUGUGCCCACUAAGAAGAGGGGUUCCUUAUAUCUGCUGCUAGACAGAAUACGACGGUUAGGUUUUGAGUCGUGGCCAGUAAACAGCAGUAAAGAUGUGUCAAGCAUAAAGACUGGAAUAAGGAGAGUAAACAGCGCCAGAAAUGUAAAGUCUCGAGUCCCACGUGCUGCUACAUCCCGAGCUGAGAAGAUCUGGCCUGGAGGAGUCAUCCCUUACGUCAUAGGAGGCAACUUCACCGGAAGUCAGAGGGCCAUGUUAAAGCAAGCAAUGAGACACUGGGAGAAACAGACGUGCGUGACUUUCAUAGAGAAGACUGAUGAGGAGAGCUACAUUGUCUUCACGUACAGACCUUGCGGGUGUUGCUCUUAUGUCGGUCGCCGUGGAAAUGGUCCCCAGGCAAUAUCUAUAGGGAAAAACUGUGACAAGUUUGGCAUUGUGGUUCAUGAACUUGGGCAUGUGAUCGGCUUUUGGCAUGAACACACACGACCUGACCGUGACGAUCAUGUGACCAUCAUCCGGGACAACAUCCAGCCAGGUCAGGAGUAUAACUUCAUCAAGAUGGAACCAGGGGAUGUCAACUCUCUUGGUGAGCCGUAUGAUUUUGACAGCAUCAUGCAUUAUGCCAGAAACACUUUCUCCAGAGGAAUGUUUUUGGACACGAUUCUUCCCUCUCGUGACGAGAAUGGCGUCAGGCCUGCUAUUGGUCAGAGAACCAGGCUCAGUAAAGGGGAUAUAUCGCAAGCCAAGAAGCUGUACAGAUGCCCAGCAUGUGGCGAAACACUACAGGACUCAGUGGGGAAUUUCUCAUCUCCAGGAUAUCCUAAUGGAUACCCAUCAUAUACACACUGUGUAUGGAGGAUCUCUGUCACACCUGGGGAGAAGAUAGUGUUAAACUUCACCACUAUGGACCUCUACAAGAGCAGCCUGUGCUGGUAUGACUACAUUGAGGUUCGUGACGGAUACUGGAGAAAAGCGCCAUUGCUGGGCCGGUUCUGCGGUGAUAAAAUUCCAGAAGUUCUGGUCUCUACAGACAGUCGGAUGUGGAUUGAGUUUCGAAGCAGCAGCAACUGGGUUGGAAAGGGAUUUGCAGCAGUCUAUGAAGCAAUAUGUGGAGGGGAGAUCAGUAAGGACUCUGGACAGAUUCAGUCUCCAAACUAUCCAGAUGACUAUCGCCCAUCUAAGGAGUGUGUGUGGAGGAUCACAGUGUCUGAGGGCUACAGCGUGGGCUUAAGCUUUCAGGUUUUUGAGAUCGAGAGGCAUGACAGCUGUGCAUACGACUAUUUGGAGGUUAGAGAUGGAUUGUCAGAGAACAGCCCUCUGAUUGGUCGAUUCUGCGGCUAUGAUAAACCUGAAGAUAUUCGUUCUACCUCUAACAACCUCUGGAUGAAAUUUGUCUCUGAUGGGACUGUUAAUAAAGCAGGCUUUGCUGCAAACUUCUUCAAAGAGGAAGACGAGUGUCUGAAGCCAGAUAAUGGAGGCUGUGAACAGAGAUGUGUGAACACAUUAGGAAGCUUCAAAUGUGCAUGUGAUCCUGGAUAUGAACUGGCUCCUGACAAGAAGAGCUGUGAAGCUGCGUGUGGCGGUUUGUUGACUAAGUUGAAUGGCACAAUUACCACCCCAGGCUGGCCUAAGGAAUACCCUCCCAACAAAAACUGUGUGUGGCAAGUAGUGGCCCCGACUCAGUACCGUAUAUCCAUGCAGUUUGAAGCCUUUGAGCUGGAGGGAAAUGAGGUGUGCAAGUAUGACUACGUCGAGGUGCGGAGCGGCUUGUCAUCUGACUCAAAGCUUCAUGGGAAAUACUGCGGCACGGAAGUUCCUGAGGUCAUCACCUCCCAGUACAACAACAUGCGAAUCGAGUUCAAAUCAGACAACACGGUCUCCAAGAAAGGCUUCAAAGCUCAUUUUUUCUCCGAUAAAGACGAAUGUUCAAAGGAUAACGGUGGAUGCCAGCAUGAGUGCAUCAACACUAUUGGCAGCUAUGUGUGCCAGUGCCGCAACGGCUUCAUCCUACAUGAGAACAAACAUGACUGCAAGGAAGCUGAGUGUGAGCACAAAAUCCACAGCACGACUGGAACCAUCAGCAGUCCAAACUGGCCUGACAAAUACCCCAGCAGAAAGGAGUGCACGUGGGACAUCACCGCAACCCCUGGUCACCGGGUCAAAAUUUCUUUUAAUGAAUUUGAGAUUGAGCAGCACCAGGAAUGCGCAUAUGAUCACCUGGAGGCCUUUGACGGCGAUUCAGACAAGACUCCUAUACUGAGUCGCCUGUGUGGCAAUAAGAUUCCCGAACCACUCAUUUCCACUGGCAACAAGAUGUAUCUGCGUUUCAUCUCCGAUGCCUCAGUUCAACGGAAAGGCUUUCAGGCCACUCAUUCCACCGAAUGUGGCGGAAGGCUGAAAGCAGAAGCACGACAGAAGAACCUGUAUUCUCAUGCUCAGUUUGGAGAUAAUAACUACCCCGGACACACCGACUGCGAGUGGCUCAUAGUGGCAGAGUCGGGUUAUGGCAUCGAACUCACCUUCACCACCUUUGAGGUAGAAGAAGAGGCAGACUGUGGGUACGACUACAUCGAACUUUACGAUGGUUACGACACUGGAGCGCACAAAAUCGGACGCUUCUGUGGAUCUGGGCCUCGUGAGGAGCUUUACUCUGCUGGCGAUGCCGUGUUGAUCCAUUUUCACUCUGACGACACCAUCAGUAAGAAAGGCUUUCACAUCCGCUACACUAGCACAAAGUUUCAGGAGGCGCUACACACACGCAAGUAACAUUUGAGAGACUGAAGACAGGGAUAAAAUGAGGAGAAAAAGACUCCAGCAAACUAUUGCAAUUGAUUCAUUUCAAUCAAAGACCCUGCCGUUAUGUGUUUUCUGCAUUGGAUUUGCCUCUAUGUUCAGCCACUAUGGAAGUGCUGUCAUAUUGACCCUAAACACCAAUCAGCUGCUCUUAUGUGUGGGAUUGCUCCGCCCACUGGAGUGGUGUCUUGCGCUCUCUGACUGGAGCAGUGCAGUGAAAACACACACACACAAUCACACACAAAACUUUCUUGUUGGCUCUCCAUUCUUCAGACAUAGAGUUGCACACUGAAACUAAGAGACACUGAUAAUAAGACAUUUAAGUAACUGCUAUUGAACGUGUGUGUGUGUAUGUGUGUGUGUUGCUCCGGACAGCAUGGACAGUUUGGCUGCUGACGCCACACCACACUGUACCUCAGCUAAAAAUGUGUGUGUGUAUUUGGAUGUGUGUGAUUGAGAGAAAAACAGAAAGAGAGAGAGAGAGGCCUUCAAAUACCAGCCUGAACUCAUUCAAAUGUUUUUUUUUAAUUGUGGUUGUACAAUUCUUCUGUUAUUGUUCUGUUAGCUUUACGGCAAAACCCAUUUUCUCUCCAUCAAAAGUGCAAAAGUAAAUAUGUAGCCCUAUUUAACAAUAAGCUUCCUUACAUGUAUGUAGCCCAUUGUUUAUGUCAGCGGAGACAGACAUCAUUUGUCAGUGAACUAUUAAGCUGGAGGGUCUCAUUCACUAAGUAUCUGCAUGCAUCAACUGGUGAGGGAAAUUUCCAACCCAUUCUGAAAAUGUACCUUUAUAUACAUUUCUGGAGAGCGCCAAAUACGUCCCAGGAGCUACGUUUUUGUCAGUUUUUGUUUUUGCGAAUCCACCAGAGGCUGCUGUGUAUGCUUUUUGAGAUCUUAAAUUUCUCUCACCAUUGCCAUUCACACCUGCUGUUCUCUUGUAAAUCCACCAGAGCCCGCUGUUGACUGACUUUCUGGCUGACCAAUCAACUUGACCCACCCUCCUCCUUUCCUAAACCUAACCAAUAGUAUUUUAAAAAGCACAGAUUGACCUGCCCACCCACUUCCCUAAAC